UCCUGCGGGCGUCCCCGUUGCAUAGAAACCAAAAUCGAAGGAAACGUCGAACAGCUUAAAACUUUUCUCCCUGUUUACAUAGAUUAGUUCACGAAGUCGUCUAGCCUUUCUUUGCGUAGUAGACGAAUGACAUACAUGCGACAACCAGGGACGUUUAACCGAGGUAAAUACAUCUAUUUGACGCUAUUUGAAGGUACGACUGGAGCCUCCUGGAUGGUACCAGCAGCCUCUGCGUCAAAGUAGCGGUUCUGUCACUACAGUAGACUUUAGAAAGAAGAACAACUAUCAUCAAUGAACGUCUCUCUGCUGUUGUCACUUUAAGUCAGUACCAGUCUCGUUGGUGUAAGUACCAACGAGCCAUUGAAAUAAGCAACUUAAAGCCGAAACACGCGAUGUUAACAUAUGCUAACCCGUGGCGAGCUAGCUAGCACCGACCUCCAUAGCCGUCCAAUGCAGACGCUCCUGUAGGAGCUGGACCCUGGUGUUUAUAAAAAACAAUUAGGAGCAAAACAUGGCUGGCGACAUUGGCAACAUCCCUGAAAUGGACCAAAAGAAAUACGAUGCAGACGAACAAGUGAAGAUCAUCUGCCUGGGAGACAGCGCAGUUGGUAAAUCUAAGCUGAUGGAGAGGUUUCUCAUGGAUGAAUAUCGACCUCAGCAGUUGUCAACUUACGCUUUGACUCUCUACAAACACACAGCCACUGUGGGAAGCAAGACAGUAGCGGUCGAUUUCUGGGACACUGCGGGUCAGGAGAGGUUUCAGAGCAUGCAUCCCUCAUACUAUCACAAUGCUCAUGCAUGUAUCAUGGUUUUUGAUGUUCAGCGGAAGAUUACUUAUAAGAAUUUAGUCAACUGGUAUAAGGAGCUGCGAGAGUACAGACCAGAGAUACCCUGCUGUGUGGUUGCGAAUAAAAUUGAUGCUGACUUGAAGGUGACACAGAGAAGCUUUAACUUCGGGAAGAAACAAGGGCUCCCGUUUUACUUUGUAUCAGCGGCAGACGGGACUAAUGUAGUUAAGAUGUUCAGAGAGAUGAUCAAGAGAGCGGUGGACUACAAGCAAAAUCCUAGCGACUUUAUGGAUGAAGUGAUGCAAGAAUUAGAGAACUUCGACCUGGAGAAGAAAGAAGACAAUUCAGAAGCAGAUGAGGAUGGAUUGAAAGUGGAGUCCUGAGUUGAUUUUUAACACAGCAUCCAAACCUUUUGUGUUGUAUCAUUUGUCCUUCUGUGUACUUUUUAAAUGAUUUUGAUUGUAACUCAAUACUGGAGGCUGGCAGACGGUCAUUUAGUCAGGUUUCAUAUCGCUGCUUUCCAUCUGUCCAGUGACUCUAGCAGGGAAAUAAACCUGGUGAAAUAAUUAGAAUUAGGAUCUGCGUUGUUUACCAGGUUCAUUUAGCUGCUGCUUUAGCAUUAUGAUCAAUAUCCACUAUUAUAAUAGUGGAAAGUGAAUAUUUGUGUGAAGACAAAAUAUCACUUUGUGUCACGUGAAAGCAAUGUGAAAACUGAACACGCAGCUAAGAGAACGUGUGAUUAUGAACUGUAUUUGCUGCUGUUCUCAUUUUUUGUGUGUUACUGCUGUGUACAGCGGGAAGCUGCAUCUGUUGGUGGCUUUGGUCGCAUUAUGAUUUAAUUAGAUGUUUUUUUUUCUCCGGUGCCCUUCAAAUGAAAAGUCAAUGUACCAUGUAACACUAUAAUGCUAAGUAGUCAACAUUUUAUGAGAUGCAAGUCAUAUGGAUGUCAGCGAUGUUAUGCUUGUGUGAAGGUUUCUGUCCAGCUCCGUCCCUCCAGAUGGAUUCAACGUGUCUCUCAUGAAGUAGCGGUAGAAUUCUUUCUAUUUGAUGAUUGUUGUACACAGGAACUGCUUAUGUAUAUUUAUAUAUUGACUGUUUUAUGUUACAUUUACACUCAAUAAUACUCAAUAAACACUGGAACGUUUUUACUAA